CUCUCUCUCCCCCUUUCCCUCAACCUCUCCCUCGCUUUCUAUUUUCGGUUCAUUUCCUUUCCUCGUUAAAUGCGUAAUCUCUUCAAAUUUUAAACAUACAUUUAUCCUCUCAGCUCUUUCGAUCAGAACCCUCACCCUCCACCUCUCGCCGGAAUGGCUCUAUCUCGGAUUUCCUUCGACUGAUUCGGAGGCUCUGCCAUUUUAGCUGCUAGUGUGUUCUGUGGUUGAUGCACUUUGAGCGAGGAGAGGCACUUGAGAGGAACCGGAGGUUGAAUUGUGCAGCCAAACGGGCUAACGUUUGAGAUAUCAAUGAUGUCCCCGGAGAAAGAAGAGGUUUGGACCCAUCGAAGGCCUUCAUCUCCAUCUUGUGAUAUUCUCAGUAGCAACAGAAACAGUGUAAUACUCGGCGCCAAGUCUUCUUCAACGUUGUCUUCCACUCUCGCAGAUAUGGAGCAGAGGAUCAAUUUACUUGCCAUCAAAAAUGCUGAAGAGGACGAUGUUGGGAACACUUUUGCUGAACGUGCAGAAUAUUACUUCAACAAACGCCCUCAACUGCUAGCGCUUCUCCAGGAACUGUACACUGCUUACACCACCUUAUCCGAUCGCUACAUCCAAACCAUCGCCAAACAUCACAAAAGACAGUCUUCUGUUACUUCAACCCUAGAAUCAUUUGAUGGCGCUGAAGAUUCAGGGAUCAGUCAGAUGGAGUCUGAUGCGGAGAGCUCCCUGUCCUACCAGCAAGUGUCUGUAAUACCCGUUAAAAAUAGUGCUAUGGUAAACAACGAUGCUUUACUCGCUGAGCUUGUCAUCAAGAAUGUGGAGUACGACAUUAUUACAAAUGAGGUAAGCAUCCUGGAAAAGCAAUGCUGUGAUUCGUCUAGGAAGACAGAGCUUCAGAAGAGUUUGCUUGAGGUCUUGGAGUCUGAGAGACUCAUAUUACUGAAUGAAAAUGCAAGAUUAGGGCAUAGGGUGGCUUCCUUGAUGGAGGAAAACAAGGGGUUGGUAGCAGAGUCCGUUUUCACGAAACGGAAGGCAAGUGAGAUGGCACGAUGUAUGCUGAAGCUGCGGGAUGAUCAAAGGGUUUACCUGCUUAACCAGAAAAUUGAAGAUCUUCAGGCUCAGAUCUAUGGGCUGGAGAAACGGAAUAAAGAGUACUAUGAUCAGCUUGUGAAGACAGAUGAAGCAAUGGAAGAGAGUAGAUGCAGCAGUGAGCACAAAGACCACAAUGGGAACGAAGUAACCUUGGAGGCAUGCUUUCAAAUUGGAAAACUUAAAUCCAGGCGGGAUUCUGGUGUCAACAACAGUUUAAGUGACAAGAGAAGUAACAGCCGGAGGAAGACCUACAGAUGGUGGGCAAAGGUGAAGAGCAUGGACAUGUUUUUAUGUGGUCACAGCACCAAUCCUAAAUAAUUCCUUUUGAUCUAUUUACUUAGUGAUAGCAGUAUUUAAGAUUGCCAGUCCCGUAUAAAUAACUCGGUGACAUUGGAUGGACAAUGAGAACCCUAGUAUUAAAAAGCUGCAUGAAAUUCUCUCCAAAAAAAGAAAAAAAAAACAGGAGAAAGCAUAAUGAUGAAGUAGUUGGAAGUUCAC